AAGUUACUUAGCUUCCGGUUUUCACCUCGUGAUUUAAGUAAAGCUUCUCAUAAGGAACGAUUGCUUUUUGUUCUUACAGCUCAGUUCUAACUCUUGAGAAAAAAUAUAUACAACUUUCAUCGAUAAGAAGCACCGGUGGACGAAACUCGACAAGGAAGUCACAUGUCCUUACCCAUGGGAAUGAGGUGAACGCACAGGAUCAUGACUCCGCCCACCAGCAGCGUGGUGGACUGGCACAAGCGGCGGUAGCAGAAGUGCAGCAGCAGGAGGGCGAUGAGGUACGCCGGCACCUCCGUCACCGCCGACAGGAAGCAGUUGAGGAAGUCACAUGUCCUUACCCAUGGGAAUGAGGUGAACGCACAGGAUCAUGACUCCGCCCACCAGCAGCGUGGUGGACUGGCACAAGCGGCGGUAGCAGAAGUGCAGCAGCAGGAGGGCGAUGAGGUACGCCGGCACCUCCGUCACCGCCGACAGGAAGCAGUUGAGGUCUUGAUGUCAGUUAUGUGCUUGAAGUACUUUGAUCCACCCUGACAUGCACGAGCCAUCAUCAGGAAGAAAGGAAGCAGGAUGAGGAGUUUAGGUCAUCCUUUAGUGGCCCACACAAAAGUGUCUCAGUCUUCCAGAGCUGCAGCGGGCGAGGGACAGGAUGAACGACUAUGAGGCGGACACGGCAUUCUUGGGGAACUGGGGUGUCUUCCAGCAGCGGAUGUUGCUGCUCCUUUGCAUCACCAUGAUCCCCAACGGCUACAGCGUCCUGAGCGCCGUCUUCCUGGCCGCCACGCCGGACCACCGCUGUCGUGUGCCGGCGGACGGACUCAACCUGACGGCGGCGUGGUGGAACGCCAGCAUCCCGAUUGAGGAGAAUGGCCAGCCGGCCAAGUGCUCCAGAUACCGGCUGGAGACUCUUCGGGCUUACUCGGAGGAAGGCGUGCUGCCCCCCGACGUCAACCUGAGCAGCGUGCCCCAGGAGGGCUGCCUGGAUGGGUGGGAGUACGACCGCAGCAUCUACACCGCAACCGUCGUGUCUGACUGGGAUCUUGUGUGCGGGGACCAGUGGAAGAAGCCAUUGACCACCUCGCUCUUCUUCUUCGGCGUCCUCAUCGGCUCCUUUUUGUCAGGACAGAUCUCUGACAGGUACGGGAGGAAGAUAGUGCUGUUCGUCACCCUUGCAAGCCAGACGACAUGCAUGUUCAUCAUGGUCUUCUCCUCAUCCUGGAUUAUGUUCUGCAUCUUUUACUUUUUUACCGGAAUGUCCCACAUCUCCAACUACCUGUCUGCGUUUGUGCUAGGAAUGGAGAUCUUAGGUCCGCGUGUUCGUGAGUUCUUCGCCACGGCGGGCUCUUGUCUGUUCUUCGCCGUGGGCUACAUGAUGCUGCCGCUCCACGCCUACUUCCUGCGAGACUGGAGGUGGCUUCUGCUGGGCCUCUCGGUGCCAGGAUACCUCCUCUUGCCUCUGUGGUGGUUCAUCCCCGAGUCUCCUCGCUGGCUGCUCUCCCAGGGAAGAAUCGACGAAGCGGAGGCCAUCAUAAAAAACGCCGCCAAGAUCAACAAAAAGGAGCCGCCGGCUAAAAUCUUCAAUUCUCUGCAAAAAGAAUUCGAGAAGGCGAAGAGCCACAUCUGUGAUUUGCUCCGUUCUCGGAACAUCCGCUGGGUUUCUGUCAUGCUGUGGCUGGUCUGGAACACGGUGGCCAUCUCUUACCUCGCCCUCUCCCUCAACACGUCCAACCUUUACGGCGAUGCCUACUUGAACUGUUUCCUGUCGGCCGUCGUGGAGAUUCCCGCUUACGUGAUGUCUUGGCUCAUGUUCCGCUGCUGCUCCCGGCGGCUGACCCUCUCCUUCAGUCUCUUCGCGGCGGCAUUCUUCCUUCUGGUCGUCCAGCUCAUUCCGGCAGACCUGAUCUCCCUCGCCAUCGCUCUCGAGAUGGCAGGGAAGUUUGCCCUGACGUUAGCGUUUGCGAUCGUCUACGCAUAUUCUGUAGAAAUCUACCCGACCGUACUGAGGAACACGGCCAUAGGCGCCUGCUCCAUGGCCUGCAGGAUAGGCAGCAUCAUCGCACCCUACUUUAUCUACUUGAGAAGCUAUUCCACCUCCCUGCCUUACAUCCUGAUGGGAGGUCUGACCAUGAUGGCGGCGUUGCUGAGCCUCCUGCUGCCCGAGAGCUACGGAAUGCCUCUGCCGGAAACCAUCGCCCACAUGCAGCCCUUUCCUGGAUGCUGUCGGAAGAACAUCUAUAAACUCACAAACACCAAAGAAGAAGAAUAUGUUCCGGACAGGAAAUCCCAGAAUGUUGAGUGAAUGUGCAGCCGUUAUAUUAGGAAUCACUAAGAGGAGGAAUAUUAGUAGACUUUUGUUUUAACAAGAACUUCUUAUGAUGUGAUGUAGAUAGAAAACAUUCCAAUGACUCAUGAUGGCCACAUUUUUAGGCAUUUAUUGUUUAUGAAUAUGGUAGAUGGCAUAAAUAGUCAAUUGAACUUGUGCAGUAAAAUGUUGUGCUUGAGACUGUCACAGUUUGCUUUCCAUCACAUGUUUGGGGGUUUCUCUUCUUGCGAUGCACGAACACGUUAGGCUGUAAGGCACAAGAGGAACAUGGGCUGAAUGAAUGGGGAUUGAAUGGUUACACAACAAUCAACACGUUGGUGCCGCCAUCUUGCAUGCAAGGCAUCAUAGGCAGGAUGUCCUGGUGUGGCUUCGCUAUAGCUCUGAUAAUAAUAAUAAUACAACUGUUUUAUGCAGAGAAGUAAACAUUUUCGUGCAGCAGGUAGAGGUAAAGUUCUCCAACAAGGAAGAUUUCACUUUUGACAGCAUGGUUGAAGGCAGAAAUAGUUUGCUUAUUAUUUUUAGAAAGAUAUGGAAGUUAAUUAGUUUUAUUAUUACAAAAGCUUUUUAUGUAAUGAAUUUGGAUUUUGUGAACAGAUUUUUUUUUUAAAAUUGUUUUACAUCAAAUUAUACUGACAGUUUCAUUGAAUAAAAAUUCAAUGUAUACAGUUCUGUGUAAAAAAUUAAGCGUAUAAAAAGGAAUAUUCGGUGCAGAUAUAUUUGUUGCUUCAAAACUCAAGACCCACUUUCGGUAAUUUAAGACAAAGCACCUCAGACAGGAUUGAUUGCUUCAGCCUAAGUCUUGAGUUUUGAAGCAACACAUAUUUCUGCACUGAAUUUUUCUACAAUUAUUUAUUUUACACAAUACAUUUUAUAACACUUAAAUAUAACAACCUGAAUUUUUAAAUCACAUUUUGCUCACAAUUUUUUGUUUAAUGAAUUGUCAGCAUAAUUAGUAAAACAUUCAAUUCACAAAAUUCAAACGCAAAGAACUCAGAUACAUAAAUUCGGUGGAAAAAAAAAAAGUUUGUAAUAUAGACACAAAUUAACCUCCCUAUUAUUAAGUGUAUUUAGUUACAACAACAAAACAUGCUAGUUUUUUUCCUGAUUUUUA